AUGUACCCCUCGCCCAGCUCUGGCGGCCGCUCGGAGGAAGAGACAGCCCAGCCGAGUAAGCGGACUGUAAGGGCUUGUGACGCUUGUUACAAGCGGAAGAUAAAAUGCGAUGCUGCGUUACCAAAGUGUAACUGGUGUAGCCAUCAUGAUAGUCCGUGCACCUUUGAGAGGAAGAUCCGAAGGACCCGCAAGAAGUUUGCCACCCCGAAGGACUCCUCCAGCACUCCGGGAUCUCACCUCUCGGAGCGCAUCGCAAGGAUAGAGAAGCUUCUGGCGGAAAAACUUCACCAUGAGCCUGUUCCCUCACUGCCACAACAAUCACAUCUGGGCUCAACAAACCCCAGUUGGGAGCUCACCCCCAGCCCCCCAAGUCUCAUACAACCGUCUGCCUCGUCUUCUGUUCCGCUCCAUUUCGCUGGGAGGGAGCUAGGCGCGAUCAGUCUGUUUACCGGCAUCCCGUUCAUCCUUCCGGAAGGCCAAGAAUGGGUGCAGUCACGGACGGGCCAAAAGCUCGCCUUUGACAAGUUCACAUCACUCCGUACACCAUGGGAGAAGCAGCGAGCAGUCAACUCGAACGACAUGCUGGCGCAACUGCAAAGCCCGCAACUGGGAGAGCUUCCGGAUCGUCACCUGCUCGAGUUGAGUUUUGAGAUUUACCGCACAUCGGUGAUGCAGAGGGUCUUUCCGGUCCUUGACCCGGUGCUAUUCUGGUCUACUAUAGGAUCUGCGUAUCGAGAACGCUCGUCAGAGUCCGACAGAUGUUCGGCUAGUACGAAGGCGUGUAUCUUUGCCUUUGCUGCAUUUGUUGGUGUUCUCUGUAGCCCGUGUUUCGCCGCUCAGGAACAGAAACUACCGCGGCUUGAUGAGGAAGCUUGCAUUGCGAAGGCGAGAUACUUGCUGUGUGAGGUUUUGCAGGAGCCUCCCACGAUGGACGGCUUACAGGCUGUAACCAUCUUGGCAUUGCUUGAGCUAUUUCAAGGCAACCUUCAGUCUGCAAACUACUACGGCUCCAUCGCAGGCCGCAUGCUCUUCAUGCUGGGGGGCCACAAAUUCUCGAACCAACCCUGCUGGCUCCCAGAAUCCGUCAAGGACACCACUGCCAGAACCCAAACCCACUUGCGCACUUUGUUCUGGCUCCACUUCACCGUUGAGCAGGACGUCUCCCUCAGGACGGGACAAGCCCAGAUUUAUUCCGAAGACAACUGCGACCUGACAUUACCCCCGGACUACGUUGAGCAAAUGUACAUCAGCCUCCAAUAUCACCACAACUCUACCAGCCUCCCCGGAAAUCCCAUUUUUCCCGUCGACCUUCGCCUCAGCCUGAUCCGAGCACGAGCCUACAAUGCCCUGUACUCCUUCAAAGCAAUGAAGAAGUCCGACGCCGAGGUCCUGAAGAACAUUCGCGAACUAGACGAUGAGCUUGAACGAUGGCGCCUCUCCGUCCCACCGUUAUGGAGACCGACCCUAUCUUUCACUCACGAAGCACCUGACCCAAACUGCGCCAUGCACUCCGUCAUCCUCCGCCUAAAUUACCACCUGUGCAUGACGAUCAUCCAUCAAGCGAGCAGUCGCUGCAAGUCCUGGGAAACACAAACCUGCGUUAUGGACGGCGUAAGCUCGAGCCUUGCGCUCUCCGUUGAGGCGAGUCGGUCCACGCUGCUGUAUCUCGAGGCAUCAGGGCAUGUCCUCGUUGACGGCGUAUUCUGGGCCCUAAUAUUCUAUCCCAUGUCCGCCCUCCUGGCAAUCUUCUGCAACAUCCUCCAGAACCCCGCAGAGCCACAGGCUACAAAGGAUCUCGCGCUUCUCAAGAGCGCAACAGGGAUGCUCGAGCGAGUGUUCCUGCGGCAGGCGUUUUCAGUCAACGAGCUUGUGCAUGUGAGGCUUGUUGCGGAUUUCGUGAACGAGUUGUGCAGGCUUGCGACUUGCGCUAUGGAUAAGGCGUGGAGGGAGCGGACGAGUGCGGUUUCGACGCCUACGACUGCUUAG